AUGACAACUAUUAAUAUAUUAGAGUUAGUAUCUGUUUGCUUGGACUUGGCUGAACAGAGUGGAGAGAUAAUAAGAAAGGUCUAUCAAUCAGGUGCCUUGGACAUCAAGUACAAGGAUGUUGAUGAUCCAGUAACUAUUGCUGAUAUCACUGUACAGAAACAUAUUGUUGCUGGACUGAGGAGUAGAUGGCCAGCUAUAAGGAUUGUUGGUGAGGAGGAAUUGCAAGAGGGUGAUAGACCAAACCCUUUGCCAUCAAUAGAUAGAAUAUCACAGUUCAAUGAUAGACUGGACACUGUUGUAAACAAGGGAGUAGUGCCAUUGUCCGACGUCAUAGUGUUCAUCGAUCCGUUGGACGCCACACGCGAGUUCACCAAGGGCAAUGUCAACUGUGUGAUGACCCUCAUUGGUGUGAGCGUCAAUGGUGUCGCGCAUGCAGGCGUCAUUCACCAGCCAUUCGUCGAUGAGAAUGGUGAUCGCACCACUGAGCCCGCACAAUGGCGCGGCAGGACCGUGUGGGGCAUCGUCGGACUGCCCGUGUGCGGUGUGCGUAAUCGUCGUGCGCCUGAAGACGAGGGCAAGGUGAUAGCCGUGACAACAGCAUCUCACUACGAUGACAAUGUGGACCGCGCCAUCAAGCUGCUGGCACCCGACAAGGUUGUGCGCGCCGGUGGCGCAGGCUACAAGACAUUGAUGAUCAUCGAGCGACUGGCCGACGUCUACGUCUUCCCCACCGUUGGCAGCAAGCUCUGGGACAUCUGUGCACCACAUGCCAUUCUCACAGCCUGUGGAGGUACACUUACCGAGCCAUCUGGCAAACCAAUCACCUACACCGAUCAUCUCGACCAAGUCAUGAACAAACAAGGCAUUGUCAUAACCAUGGGUGAUCAUCAACGUUAUAUUCAACUACUUAACAAGCAAUAA